GGCCAGUCAGUCAGCGAGUCGCUCGCUCGGUGGUUCGUUCGGUUUGUUUUCCUGUCAGCGAGCGAGCGAGCGAGCGGGUGAGGCGGAGGAGGGCGGCGGCGGACUUGAGGAGAGCCGAGCGAGCGAGCGCCCGGUCCGCGAGGCCGGCGAAGGGAGCGAGCGAGGCUUUUGAGGGAGCUUUGAGGCUGAGGCGAUGGCGGACGUCCUGAGCGUGCUGCGCCAGUAUAACACGCAGAAGAAGGAGAUCGUGGUGAAGGGGGACGAGGUGAUCUUCGGCGAGUUCUCCUGGCCCAAGAACGUCAAGACCAACUAUGUCAUCUGGGGGACAGGAAAGGAAGGCCAGCCAAGAGAGUACUACACUUUGGAUUCUAUUUUAUUCCUGUUGAAUAAUGUGCAUCUUUCACAUCCUGUUUAUGUCCGCCGUGCUGCGACUGAAAACAUUCCUGUAGUAAGAAGACCUGACAGAAAAGAUCUACUUGCAUACCUAAAUGGAGAAACAUCAACAUCAUCGAGCAUAGACAGAAGUGCACCGCUUGAAAUAGGUCUUCAACGAUCUACUCAAGUUAAAAGAGCAGCUGAUGAAAUACUAGCAGAAGCAAAGAAACCAAGAAUAGAGGAUGAGGAGUGUGUGCGGCUUGACAAAGAGCGACUGGCAGCUCGACUGGAGGGCCACAAAGAAGGCAUUGUGCAGACGGAGCAGAUCAGAUCCUUGUCUGAAGCCAUGUCUGUGGAAAAAAUCGCUGCUAUCAAAGCCAAAAUCAUGGCCAAGAAAAGGUCCACCAUUAAGACGGAUUUGGAUGAUGACAUAACUGCUCUUAAACAGCGAAGUUUUGUCGAUGCGGAAGUUGAUGUAACUAGAGACAUUGUCAGCAGGGAAAGGGUUUGGAGGACUAGAACGACCAUUUUACAAAGCACAGGCAAGAACUUCGCCAAGAACAUUUUUGCAAUUCUUCAGUCCGUCAAAGCAAGAGAAGAAGGACGCGCACCUGAACAAAGACCAGUACCAAAUACUGCACCAGUGGACCCCACUUUGCGCAACAAGCAACCUAUUCCAGCGGCCUAUAACAGAUACGAUCAGGAAAGGUUCAAAGGAAAGGAAGAGACGGAAGGUUUCAAGAUUGACACCAUGGGCACCUACCACGGAAUGACUUUGAAGUCUGUAACGGAAGGAGCUUCGGCACGGAAGACCCAAACCCCAGCAGCCCAGCCUGUGCCAAGACCAGUCUCCCAAGCAAGACCACCUCCAAACCAGAAAAAAGGAUCUCGAACACCCAUCAUCAUUAUUCCAGCAGCUACCACCUCUUUAAUAACUAUGCUCAAUGCAAAAGAUCUUCUGCAGGAUCUAAAGUUUGUGCCAUCUGAUGAAAAGAAAAAGCAAGGUUGCCAGCGAGAAAAUGAAACUUUAAUACAGAGAAGGAAAGACCAGAUGCAGCCUGGUGGAACUACAGUCAGUGUUACAGUACCGUACCGUGUGGUUGAUCAGCCUCUAAAACUUAUGCCUCAAGAUUGGGAUCGUGUUGUGGCUGUAUUUGUACAAGGUCCUGCUUGGCAGUUCAAAGGCUGGCCAUGGUUGCUACCUGAUGGGUCACCUGUUGAUAUUUUUGCAAAAAUUAAAGCUUUCCAUCUUAAAUACGAUGAAGUCCGUCUAGAUCCAAAUGUCCAGAAAUGGGACGUGACACUGUUAGAGCUCAGUUACCACAAACGGCACUUGGACAGACCAGUGUUCCUGCGUUUCUGGGAAACAUUGGACAGGUACAUGGUAAAACACAAAUCCCACUUGAGAUUCUGAAUUCUUGACUGCCAUUUUGUUUUUUCAAACUUUGGAUUGAGAACUUUGAAAACUGCUCUGAUCUACAGAGAGGAAGGAGUUCUCCUUGCCCGCAUUUGUCAAGAACAUUAGACAGAUAAAGAAGGGAGUCAUUGUUCAAUCUUUUUAUAAGACCAUGUUGGAUCAUCAUGUUGCAAUGACACGCCCGCAGCCAGUCGUCAUUACAAGCAAGGGAUUUUGCUUAAUACUAUUUUUUAAUAGCAUAAACCUUCUAGCCUGCAAUUCAAAUGUAUAUUUUGAUAGCAAGCCAUUUCUUCUCAGUUUUGUUAAACUAGCAACAUUUUUACAAUAACGUUUCUGUUCAUCAAUAGGAUAUAGGGUGAUUUUCACGAAAGGUUACGAACUUGUGUGUGUAUGUAUAUAUAGAUAUAGAGGUAGAUGUUCUAAACCACUUUGCUUCUGAGCAUAGUUCUUGGUUCUUUGCUUUAUCGUUUCACUUGUGGAAAACCUUUUGAUUUGAUUGGUAUUAUCUUCUAGUUUAAAGAACUCUAGGAACUGGGCAAAGUGAAGACUGCUUUAGAUGAAUCAAAUUGUCAUUCAUUCUGUAUAUGUACUGUAUAUUCUUUCAGACUUUGGAAAAGGGAUGAAUAAAUCCAAACUGGCUUCUUUUGUUAUGAUGAUAGUUUACCAAAACUGUAAAAAGAGUAAUUACGAAUACAUUUGAAUUUUAAACACCCUCCUUGCAAAUUCCCUAAUUUAAAACUGCAUGUGCAUAAUCCUCUCAUGGAGGUGUAUAUAAAACUCCACACACACACACACACACACACACACACACACACACACACAAGAAUAUUGCCAAGAGUUUCAGGGCGUCUGGGAUUUUUAUUUUAUUUUUCAAAUCUGAGUUGGCAAAAUAGAAUAAUAGAGUCAGUUCUUUGAAUCCCAAUACGUGUAGAUCAUUUUUUCCUUAGUCUUUGUUCUUCAAUUACCUUGGCAGUAUGGGAAACAAAGCAAGCCACGCGGGGGGAACCCGUUUUUCAAAGUUCAGUACUGGCGUAAGCGAGGAAAUCCAGUGUGGAUUCUUCCCACGGGUCCAGGGCUUUUCUCAAUAUUGCAGGGGAUGUGCAGAGGAAUGGCAUCCCACUCUGCCGGAGUAAUGUAGGACCCCAGGUCUCAGUGCCAUAAGAAGUUCAAAGUCACCCAAGUUCCAAUUAUAGCUGGUUAAACCAGUUUUUCAGCAUUUGCAUGAGAUAGAAACUUUUCAGUAACCAAAGAACCGGUUUGCUUGAUCAGGAAUGAGCAAAGGAGAGGCAAGAAAAUACUGAUAUUUCUGGGAGUCUGUAUUUUAUAAUAUAGUUGCUGAAUGCUGCAUACCAAUGGACAUGCAAAAUGAUCCUUCAACGUUCACUUUCAUAUGGAUUUUUUGAGAUGAAGAAACUACUUAUUUCUGUUUUUCAAAUCCAGAACCAUGUUUUUAUGCUGAGUGUCUGAGGUCUGACAGAAGUAAAAUAUUCUCCAUAUUCUUCCUUAGUUUUGCUUUUAUUUCAUUUUCCGACUGGUUCUUUGUAUAUAGUUUCCUAAUGAACUGUUAAGGCUUUUCUUACUAUCUCCUUCUUAAGAUGCAGUUGAGAUCUAAAGGAUUUUCUGAAUACUUUUCAUAUUUAUUUCUAAUAUACGGAGACGGUGACUUCUAUUUUGUUGUAGUUAGAGCAAGUAUCAAUUUUUCAGCCUUUCAGUGCUUUUUUAGUGAUGUUAAGAAUUCACAAUAGUAGUAUUUUUGAAGGAAUAUCACAAUAGAACUAGAUGGACUAAAUCAGGAAUGGAAUGUGUUUUUAAAAAUAAAAUGGGGUUUCAGAAA